CCUUAAUUGCUUCCUUGCCUUCUCUAAAAACCUUCUUCAUCUUCUUCUUGCAGAAAUCAAUUCAAAUAAACAUACAUUUUUUAUUUCCAACUCAACAAUAUAAAUAUAAUGGAGUUCCUCGCCGGCAAAUCCAUCCUCAUCACUGGCGCCACCGGCUUUCUCGCUAAAGUGUUAGUAGAGAAGAUACUUCGGACUCAACCCGAUAUCAAGAAGCUCUUCCUUCUUAUUAGAGCCUUGGAUUCUGAUUCUGCUUGCAAAAGAUUUCAUAUUGAGGUUUUUGACUGUGAACUGUUCAGAGUCUUGAAAGACAAAUACGGCAGCAAGUUCAACACUCUCGCGGAGGAGAAGGUGUUUCCGGUGGCCGGAGAUAUUUCCUUCACGGAUUUGGGAAUUAAAAAUUUUGAUCAAAUCUUGGAAGAGGUUGACUUUAUCAUAAACUCAGCAGCAACUACUGUAUUUGAUGAGAGGUAUGACGUUGCAAUGAGUAUUAAUACAUUGGGUGCAAUAAAUGUUCUAAAUUUUGCCAAGAAAUGCCUCAAUCUGAAGAUGAUUGUUCAUGUGUCCACCGCUUAUGUAUGUGGCGACAAAACAGGAAGUGUGCUAGAAACCCCAUUUCGCCUAGAGGACACUUAUGUAGACAUUGAUGAAGAAAAGAAGGUUAUAGAGGAGAAAUUACUGGAACUUAAAGCCCUAAUCGCAACUGAAAAACAAGUCAGAGUGGCCAUGAAAUCUCUCGGAAUAGAAAGGGCAAAGGUGCAUGGAUGGCCAAACACUUACUCAUUCACAAAGGCUAUGGGAGAAAUGUUGUUACUAAAGUAUAAGGAGAAACUAUGUGUUGUCACGUUGCGCCCAACCAUCAUAACAAGCACUUACAAAGAGCCUUUUCCAGGAUGGAUUGAAGGCGCAAGGACCAUGGAUGCCUUUGUAUUGAUGUAUGGUAAGGGAAAAUCGAAUUUCUGGUUGGGCGAUCCACACUCUAUACUCGAUGCGAUUCCAGGUGACAUGGUGGUGAACUCCAUCCUAGGAGCAAUUGCGCACCAUGGAAGCGGUGGGAAUCACCAGAAAUAUAGUGACAAAGAGUUGAUAUACCACGUCAGCUCUUCUUCAAUAAAUCCAUUAACGAUUCUUGAUCUUGGGAAUUAUUUAUAUAUCUACUUUUCUCACAAUCCCUGGACUUCAGAGACUGGGGAGGUUGUCAAAGUGGGCAAGCCGCCUGUGUUGCUCACCACCUUGAAAGACCUUCGAAGAUACAUUUCCAUUCGUUAUCUCCCCAUCAUUACGGUUUUGAAGUUGUUGAACGUGGUACUCUUCCAAUAUUUCGAAGAAAAGUGUGUGAUUAUUGAGAAAAAGAUCAAUCUCGUCAUGCGAAUUGCUGAUCUCUACGCGCCAUAUGUGUUGUUUUACGGACGCUUCGAUGACACGAACACGAAAAGAUUGAGGAAGGCUAUUGCUGAAGCCAAUAUGGCGGAAACCCUAUAUUUCGACCCACAAGGCAUCACUUGGGAAGAUUACUUCAAUAACACUCACAUUCCUGGAGUUGUAAAAUAUGCCUUCUAAUCUUUUAAUAUACAAAAGAAAAGGAAAUGCAUGAACAAUAUUUUUUCCCGCCUAAGCACUUCGGUUUCGUGUAAGGUGAGAAGGCAUUGUGGACCGAGUAUUGUGCAAGUAUGGGUAAAUUAGAUGAACAAAUUUAUAAAAUGCCGUGAAGACAUCAUGAAUUUGGCAUUUGGGUGUGUGUUUUGGCUGCUAGCAUAAAUAAUAACGGGUGAUUUCA